CGGAGAUAGCAGCAGAUGGACUGCAGCCUGCAACACACUCACAAAGGAUACACUGUAUGUGUGAGUAGCUGGUUGUGAAUGAGUGUCGGUGUGGCAGCAAACGUCUUUCAAGUCCUCAGGAAAUUGGACUUAGUCAGCAAUAAUCCUCUUGAGGGAAAAAAGGAUACAGAAGAGUGAACACUUUGUGCUCUUCAAAAGCCCAGCAAAGUGCCGUAUAGUAAGUCUGUUAUCAAUGUAGGAGUAUCUCGAUAAAUGCCACGGACUGCAGAGGGACGUUAUUUGAUUUUGCAGAAGAAGAAAAUUGUGUCUUUAUCAGAGGUAGAGGAGGUUGGAGGCUGGGAGCACAGAGAGGGGGAUUCUCUAUGGUGAAGAUGAGUCUGGACCCUGUACAGGUGAUGAGCGGACAGGUCAAAGAGCUCAAAGUUGCCCCUUCGUCCAACGGGGACAGCAGAGGAUCAUGGGAAGAGAAAGAAGAGUUUGAUCAGGACCACCUGGGCCUCACCAGCAAGCCGAAACCAGUGACAGAGAGACGAGCCCGGAAGGUGGAGGGAGGCGUGUUUUUCCCAAAGCCAGAAAACGCAGUCACCAUUGCAGUUUCUUCUCGUGUCUUGUUUCGGACCGAGCGGGAGCAGAAGGUGUUUGAGCAGAAAGGUGUGGAGGAGUAUCUAAGAUACCAGAUCGAACAUGAGAACGAACCCUUUGCCCCUGGACCUGCUUUCCCCUUCGUUAAGGCUCUGGAGGCGGUGAACACUCGUCUGCGGGACCUCUACCCACAAAGUGAAGAACUGUUUGACAUCGUUCUGGUGACGUACAACCAUGCCCACGUUGGAAUCCGGCUCAUAAACACCAUCAACCAUCAUAACUUGUUUAUUGAGAGGUUUUGUAUGACGGGGGGAAGCAGUCCUAUUGGCUACCUGAAGGCCUGGCACACCAAUCUCUACCUGUCUGCUGACGCUGAGAAGGUCAGGGAGGCGCUGGCUGAAGGCAUCGCAGCAGCCACCAUGUUCAUGACAGAGAAGCUGACAGAAGUAUCAGAAUCCCAGCUGAGGGUGGCAUUUGACGGCGAUGCUGUCCUCUUCUCUGAUGAAUCAGAGCGAAUCUUCAAGGCACACGGGCUGGACAAGUUCUUCGAGCAUGAGAGAGACAACGAGGACACACUACUGGAUCACGGUCCUCUGAAGGGCUUCCUGGAAGCACUGGGGAAGCUCCAGAAAAAGUUUUACGCUAAAGGCCAGCGCCUGGACUGCCCCAUCCGAACAUACUUGGUCACAGCUCGUAGCGCAGCCAGCUCCGGGAUCCGGGCGUUGAAGACCCUAAGGGCCUGGGGCUUGGAGAUUGACGAGGCCUUGUUUCUUGCAGGGGCACCGAAGGGCCCCAUGCUGGAGAAGAUCAGGCCUCACAUUUACUUUGAUGAUCAGAUGUUUCACGUUGAGGGAGCGGCUGAAAUGGGCACCGUUGCUGCCCAUGUGCCCUACGGCAUUGCACAGAAAUACCCCAAAACGAAAACCACGGUGGGGAAGUAGACAGCAGAACUCCAAAUGCCAAUGGCACAGUCAUCCAGCCAGAAACAGAACAAGAGAAGGAGGAUGGAAAAAUGAACUUGAACUGAAUUCUAUGUGGAAAUGCAUCAUUUCCAUGAUGUAGCAAUGGUAUUGUAAGUUUGUUUCAUCAAAAUGUAAAUUGUCAGCUUAAUGCCAUCACGUUAGCAGUUAGAUACAGGUCUGGUGAGAGUUCUUAUGAAUCCCAGUAUUUUCGACCCUGUGUAGCAGCCCAAUUGGCUAAGGCAUUGACCACAAGUGGUCAUGGUUAAAAUAACCCAUCUAUCAGGUUAUAUCAGGUAAAUCAGGUACCAGCACCUCGUGCGAACAUAGACCCCUGGCCAAUACUUGUGCUUGAAUGCUACACAGGAGUCUUACCAAGAAAGGGAGAAGGAUUCAUUAUAAAGUGGAGGUCUGGAACCUGAGUUAACCUGGAUACCAAGUGUUCCCUCAGCUUCACUUUUAAAGCCUCAAUCUACCUAAUGCUGAAGUGUUUUGUCAGACCUUGCUUUUAAUGGUAAAUUCCAAGGUCCAUGGUUUUUCUCACUACUACUUUUCUUUUCAUAAUGAAGAUACCUCAGUGAAUGUUAGAGGAUACCUGAUGAAUGGCUUCACUGAUAUUUACGUAACUUAAGCAAAGCACAGAGACUACACUGUAUGUCGGCAAUAGAUGAGCCACAAGCACAAUGCAGAGUUAUUAUAGGGUUAAAAAGGAUAGUGAUGUACUGUAGCACAAGAGUUAUAAUUGAGAGUUAUCGUGUCAAUCAUUUUACAGUUUGAUUUCACAAGAAUGUAAAAUUGUUUGUUUGCAACUACACAAAAAUACGUUGUACUGUAUAUUACUGAAGAUAGCAAUGUUAUGAACUAUUGUGUUAGUCCAAAAACAAAUAUAGAAAGCCAUAAGUUUCAGCUGGUGCCUUAGUUUCAAUGCAGACAUUAGUGGUCGGUCCAUGGUCCAGAGCAAAAUAUCUUGACAACUUUUGGGUGGAUUGCCAUAACAUUUGGUAAUUUGGUACAUUUAUACACAUUUAUAGUCUGCAGAUAAUGAAACCUUGUGAAUUUGGGGGUGGUGGAUUUUUCAUGCUGUUUCACAGGUCAGAAUACAAAACACCUUGAAAGCUAUGACUGAAAUCUCCUUAGCCUCGCUAUACACAGUGGUAUUACCACGCUACCGUUUCUCCUCUUAGCACGCUAAAUGUAUCUCAUAUUACCGAAAGGAAGUGUAUUUUAUGUUUGUCCAAAACAAGACAGCCAUACGUUUCAGUGAGUGCCUUUAGUUUCAAUGAAUUCACUAUUUAUAGCUAUGCUAGCAGCAUUAAUUUGGUCCUGAGAUAAAUCUCAACAACUUGGAAAUAUGUGUCAUUACUUUUCAUGUAGCAGCAGGAACAGUUCAAGGUUGUACAAAAUACAAUCUGAACACUUCAGUUCAAGGAAGGGCACGUUGAAUUAUCCAUUGAUAUUUAACUUCCAUCACCCUCACAUGUACUUACCGUUAGCAUGCUAUAAAGGUUUCCAUAUUAGCAUGUUAAUUAUAGUUCAUACUACUGGAUGAAGGGGUAUUAUUAUUUUAUUAUUCUGUAAGUCCAGAACAGCAUGCUAAGGUUUCCUAUGUUUGCAUGUUAGAUGUAUUUCAUACAAGUGAGUAUAGGAAUAUUAAUAAAAAAAACUUUUAUGGUGAGCAAGCAGUGUGGUCCACUUUGGUCCAGAGAGGAAGCUUGACAACUUGGAGUUAGGUAUUACAUUAUUUUAUAGUAGCACCACCAAAGGAGAAAAUUAGUCACAUUUUGGUUUAAAACUUCAGUUCAAACAAGGACACUUCCAAAAUAAAGGAUUUAUUUUUCCAUCACCCACACAACUGAAUUAGCAUGCUAGCUUUCCUGUCUUACGAAUUGAAUUAGCAUGCUAGCUUUCCUGUCUUAGUACUAAAUAAAUUAUUUUAUCAUUCAGUCUGAAACACAUAAAGGUAGUCAUUUUAUUUGGUAAAACUUAAAAUGGAGUUAAGUGGACUUAAGAGUAUCAGAGUAUAAGAGCUCUCGAAAUCUAACAAACCCAUCCGCUGCAGCUGUGCAUUGACAUUAGCAUGCUUAAAUUGCUAAUGCUAAUGUUAACCGCUCUGAACCAAAGAUGGCUAGUUGAUGGAAUUCUGACAUUUGUGGGGUCUUAGUUGUAACCACUUUAUUUUACCACGGAAAACUUGUGUUCUAUAAAAAAUGAAAAAUUGUAUGCCCCUAUAAAACUUCCAUUUUAAAUCCCAAGGAAGAGGAUACUACUGGUAGCUAUCAUUUUGGCAAAUGUGUGAAAUUUUUGCAUUAAUAAUGCAUCAGUUGUUGCCAUGAUUCACUAUAAAGAACCACUGAUCAGCUUGAUGUGCAGAAUAUAACAACAUGACUUUGCUCACUCAGGCCAAAUAUUAGCCUACAUGUUUGCUCCACUAGAGGUAGUAAGGAAAAAAAAUGUAAUGUCCGGGUUUAAUUCAUCCAAUCUAGCCCUACUUGCUCUGGUCUAUUAUUUAGUUUAAACGCAUCCCGGUAGCUUAUAUGAGGGUAUUACAGCCUCUGUGCAGGAUAGUGUGGUAAACUAAGAUAUCACAAGCAUCUGUCUUGAUUUUACUGCCCUCUUCUGUACACCAAGGCUAGUACAGAGUCACACUCAGCUCAGGUGACACUGAUGUUGUUAAGUGAUCUGGCAAUCAAUAGCUUGUUUCAGUAUCAUCGUAACUUCUGUUUGACUGAUUAAUGCAAAUUCAUCUUUUAUUGACAAAAAGACCACAGUGGCCUUUUGAAAAUGUCAAUCCACUUCUCCUCUCUCCAACUCCCACUCUCUUCCAAUGGUGAAUAUAUAUUGAUGAUUCAUUACCGUGACAAACAAUCCACCAGUUUAAUUACACAGCCAAAUCACGUAAUUAAAAGGAUGUGUGUUUUGGCUUACAUUUGCCCUAAAUCAGUAUUUAUCAGCAAAACUAUAUUUGAUACACACUAGGUCACAGAAACCCAUUUGAUAAGAUUUUGUGUCAGGGACCGCCAUCUGAACAUUUUGGUUGUUAGAUUUGAUUAAGACUAGAAUUCUACAGCUGUCAGUUGAAGGGAGUGAAACCUAUGAUCAGAAAAUUCAUUUGUAUUACUCUUACUCACAUUGGGUUUAAUUCUAUAGUGAAUUAAAUUGGGAAAAUACAUUUCUCCAACUGUCUGGGAACCCCGGAACUCACUCAGAAAUCCAUGGGGGUCCCGGGACCCCUGGUUGAGAACCAUUGCUCUAAAAUGAUGAUGAAGCUAUUGGAGGAAGAAGUUUCAGAAUCUGUCAGGCCAGUUUGAAUUUUACAGUGACUUUCAGGAAUACAUGCAUGCAGAUAAAGCAAUGUCUGAACAGUUCAACAACAAGUUUAUGAGGACGUGCCACUUGGUAAAAAAUAAAUGA